AUAACACUACCGAUGACGACUAAUAAAGGCGCGGGUGCUCUCAAUUUCUUUGUCGCUUUUGGGUAGUGGAACAAUGCGUGUUUUUCUUUAGUUAAUUAUUGUCAUUUACAAGAUAGAAGUUAAGAAUCAUGUCCGGCUCAAACGUGUGGUUUACUAGUCGGGAAAGAAUGAGGCGUUUUCCAGAGCUGCUGGCAGUUUGUGCAGAGGAGGCUGCCGUUUAUGGAAAGUGUGUUGCCAGUGCCAGUUCAGGCAAGUAUGAAGUAAGAAAGGACAUGUGUGGCAUGGAGUUUCAAUCUCUGAAGAGAUGUUUUAUAGAUGCGGCCAAGAAAAUAAAAUAAACCUGGAAGCCCUUACCAGAGUUCCACUGGAUCUUUUAAAUUUAGUGGAAGACACAAGACAUCCGGUUACGGCCGUCUCUGCCAUGUUUAUGUCCACCUAAACGUAUGUGUGCAGGUAUAACUGGUGCAGUAUGACUAGAAAAGGCAGAUUCUAACUUACAGACAGACAUGGAGACAAAGGCAAAGAAAGAUCUGAUUUAAACAUCAAGAAAACUGGACAGGUGAAAUAUUCAGAGGUGACUUUAGAAAGAACAUGCUCGAUAUAUCAUACAUGCAAAAGACGUUUUAAAACAUUGAGAUGAUUCAGAAUGCAGCGAUCAACAUAUACAGAAUAUUUAUAUUAAAUCUAUUUUUAACAUGUG